AUGGCCUCGUCGACUUCAUUAUUGUCUACCUCACCCUCAUCCUCCGACGAACCACAGUUCAUCGGCCGCUCGAGUUCUUCGUCUAAAGCGACAGCGGCACCCCGUCCCAUCCCCCACCAGACAUGUUGCCCCACGCAGGUGGUCCAAGAAGCACACAAUGGCGUAAUUCAACCCUCGAGAAUCUCCAGCAUGAAGAGCCUCGCACAUAAAUACAACUUCAAUGAUUCCGGGCCUUCCUCGGGCACGGUCAACGGACGAAGUCAGGUGCGCCAUACUACCCCAGGCAGCGAGUCAGAAGAUCCUCCUCUACGGGCAAGGACGCAUCCACGUCAGAAAAAGGCCUCUCAGGCGAUAGCAAGAACGAGACCAGCCACACAAAACACAACGUUGUUGUUACCGGGUCUGCUGCCGGACUUGAUAUCGUCCCCAGCGCCUGUACCCGACUGGCUUGGCCGGACUGCGGUCCUGUUGAAACUCAAAGAUUGUCCCGUGUGCAGAACUAGGUGGAAAGGUAAAGAGAGCGGAAUGUUCCGAUGGAGACACAUCUCCACUUGUCGUCCACCGCUCUAUAGAUCACCCAAUGCCCCUCCCAAUUUGCAACAGAUGAUUCAUGAUGCGCUAUCUGUCCGCUCAGCACCCAACACCCUUCUCGAGCUUCAUGCCGGCUCGAUAGCUCAAGCCGAGGGUGCACUCGCCGCCCAAGGCUCGUCGAAUGGGCUCGCAAGCGUCACCAGUGUAAAGCGCAGUGAUUUGCGGGGAGAGGCUUGGGAUGAUGAGGUAAUCGAUCGCAUUCGGGGCUGGAUUGGGCAUUCGAGCCCCCCGCCCUUAUUCAACCAAGCCACCUCCGCGUAUAACAUAGACCCUCCCCCACCCUCGAACUCGCAUCGUCGCACGUCCCAAAAUGACGCAGACAGGGUCCCAUACCUCGCGACACAACCGAUGGGAAGGUCAGAUCUCGCUCAAGACUACCUGAAACAGGAACCAUCUCCCCCGGUCAUAGGCUCAACUAGUUCUGAGGAAGGGGAUUCGGUCCCACUGUCGGAUGAUUCCGAGAUACUCGUCCCUGCUUCUGAUUCUGAUUCUGACGAGGAGUUGCCACUGGAGGUCAAGAAGCCCUUUCAGGAAGCUGCUUUUGCAGGUCUUGGCAAGGACGUCGAACAUGAUGUCCAAGAGCCGCCCGAUGUUGCUAUUGUCGAUGUGGAAAGGAAAAUCAAAAGGACUUUAGAUAGCCCAAUAGGCGGCCUACAUGCGAAAUUAUCUCGUCUGUCCAUCACGCCAGAGGCACACUUAUGGACCCAACACGAAGUAUCCCCCUCAUCGACUCUCAAAUGCGCGCCAGUGUCUCCCGUGCUCGAGCGCUCGACGACGCCCACGGCGCCAUACACUCGCUCCUUUGUGGACGUUGACGGUUGGGGCGCGUUUGCGUUCGAGAAUGAUGAUCCGGUUGCCAUCUUGUCGUGGGAACCCAAGGCAUCUGAACCAGACUCCGCAUCUGAUCUUGACAUCCUCGGCUAUCAAGCGGAGAAUAGUGGCACGCAGAGUCACCGUGCCAGUGGGGUCAUGAUCACUGACUCGGAUGGUCAUUUACCUGUGGGAGAUGGCGGAGAAGACGCGGAGCUCUUGGCCAACAACAAUGAAGCAAUGUCGCUUAUCUCAAUUGACGACCAUAUGCCCGCCUAUGAGUUGUGGGAUGUGAAGGACUUGCAAGCAAGAUACGGCUAUCGGCCUGUCAAGAACCAUACAGUGCUCGUCAGAUUGGCCAUAGAAUGCUGGAAGGCUUUGGCUGCUGAUCCCGAGUCGCCCUCGAGCCCGCCCGGUCCUCUAUUAGACAGUGCAACUUGGUCUGUGGCUGUCCAGUCUUUGCCUGGCGGUCAAAUGGGCGACAUCGCUGAGACGGAGGAUCCGCAAGCUACCGAGAUGAGUUGUCAGAAGGUCAAGAAGCCUGAAGUUGAAGAGGAUCUUGAUCAAGUCUUUUACGGUGUUAUCAAAGAGGAUUUUGAUCUUUAUCUACGAGUGCUUCGAUACGAGCCCCUGAGCUUGGAUGAGCUCAUCAGUAAAAGUCUAAGAGCUGGCAUCACCAAAAAAGGCUGGAAGGCCCAUCUGAAACGGUAUCUGGAUUUGCAAAGCAUAACUUAUUUCACCGAAGACCCUACCAAGCAACGCCAGAGACACUGA